AAUUUUUAAAUGUAUGGAAAAAGCAGUAAAGAGUUGGGUUUUUACGAGCAAAAAUUUUUUGUUGUUAUCUCCGAAAAUGCAGAGAUAGACAGCAUUUAGUGGCCAAAGGUUGUUCUGUUCAAAAUCUUUGUAAUAAAACCCUAAUAUUUAUUUCCAUUUUGGCGCUCUUCUUUCUUUCUUUCUUUAUUUUAUUUUAAGUGAAAUAAAUUAAUAUUUAUCCGUACUCGUUCAUUGAGCUUGCUUGUUUUUAUUGUUGCUGAGAUGAUGUGAAAGAACAAGAGGACGAAGAAGAAGAAGAAGAAGCAGCAGUGACUGGAACUUGGUUUGUGGCUUGAAUUUGAGGCUUUAAAUGGGUGCUUCUCUUUUCCUUUUAAAGUUUCAAAUUUGAGGUCUGUUAGUAGUUGUGAAGAUUCAACAGUCAAAUCCAUCUACAAGAAAGCUACUGGCUCGCAACUAUACCUUCUAUUGUCAUCAUUGUGAUUUGAUCGUCUUUGUAUGGACGCCUCCACAAGAGAAUCAAAGACCAGAAGUUUUUGUUCUGUUUCUGUCAAGAACUGAACAGAAAAAGGAGGGGAAACUGAUCUUUGGAUCCAAAAAUACACAGCUCAUUUUUCUUGUUUUAUAGCUGUUACUUUCACUGGUUUGACUCCGUGAUUUGAACCCCUUACACAAAAAAAAGAAGCAAAGUAGUUGUGUUAUAUAGAUGCAUUUAGGUUCACUUUUUCAGGUAGCUGUCGCUUUGCAGUUCAUGUCAAACAUUGGUAUGAUUCUCAAUCCGUGCCUAAUUUAAACAAAAGGACUUAGUUUCUUGUUUUCUGAGACAAAAGGCUAGCUAGAUCUUCAUCAUCUAUGCCAUCAUCUGUGGAACAUUCAGACUAAAGUUUCACAAGAAAGUGAAACUAAGAGGUCUUUAGUGUGGGGUUUUUUUUGGAAGGGUGAGCGAUUCCUGAGGAGUUCAUGUGAAUCAGUGAAAAGGGUCUUGUCAUUGGUGCUGGUAUCUGUCUGUCUCUCUGCAGAUUAUCUGGAAUGGAAUAGUUAGCCAUGUCGGUUGUACAUGCCCUAGAAUCCAGUAUGGUGGGGGCAGAUCAAUAAUGCAAAUGUUUUGUUUUGUUUGUGCCUUUUUAAGACAUGUUUUUUUGGCCUCUACCAUGAUAAUUGGUAUUAAGAUAGGCUUUUAAGAGUUGAAUCUGUUAAGGAAGUUUCAUAGAAAUUCUUUGUGCCAAAUGAGUCGAGAGCAGAAGAAGGGAAAGCAGGAAAAGGGUGGAACGGAUGUGGCCGAGAAAGUUGUGGUUGCUGUUAAGGCAUCGAAAGAAAUUCCUAAGACUGCUCUGGUUUGGGCUUUGACUCAUGUUGUUCAACCUGGAGAUUGCAUUACGUUGCUUGUUGUUGUACCUUCCCAUGGUUCAGGUAGAAAAUGGGGUUUUCCUAGAUUUGCUGGGGACUGCGCCAGUGGUAGCCGGAAGUCUCAAUCAGGAUCAAGUUCAGAGCAGAAAUCUGAUAUCACUGAUUCCUGCUCCCAAAUGAUCCUCCAGCUCCAUGAUGUUUAUGAUCCAAACAAGAUUAAUGUCAAGAUAAAAAUUGUUUCUGGAUCACCAUGCGGAGCUGUAGCUGCAGAAGCCAAGCUAGCCCAAGCUAGUUGGGUAGUAUUGGACAAGCAGCUAAAAAAUGAGGAAAAACGCUGCAUGGAGGAGUUGCAAUGCAACAUAGUGGUUAUGAAGCGUUCACAGGCAAAAGUUCUCCGCUUAAAUCUGGUUGGAUCACCCAAGAAGGAAGCUGAUGCUUCUUGUCAAUUAAAUUCUGAGAUGGAUGAAAGGUCUGAAAAGCAUCCCAAAAGCAAAAAUGGAUCAUCUGGUUCUAUUAGAGGCCCGGCUGUUACUCCAACUAGUAGUCCAGAGCUAGGGACACCAUUUACUGCUACUGAAGCAGGAACUUCUUCAGUGUCAAGCUCUGAUCCAGGCACUUCACCUUUUUUCAUCUCAGAAGGGAAUGGAGACCUGAAGAAAGAGGAAUCAAUUGUCAUCAAGGAAAAUCAGGAUCUUGAUGAAUCUAGUUCAGACACAGAGAGUGAAAAUUUAUCCUUAUCUUCAGCGAGUUUAAGGUUCCAACCAUGGAUAACAGAAUAUCUUACUUCUCAUCAUCGAUCCUCACAGCACCUAGAAGAAACUUCAGGUAGAGCUAAUGACAGGGCUCAAGCUUCAACAACAAAAGCCUUGCUGGAGAAAUUUUCAAAGCUUGAUAGAGAAGCUGGAAUUGGAAUAUCAAGCUUUAGGAGUGAUACUGAAUUUAGUGGAAAUGUGAGAGAAGCAAUUUCAUUAUCCAGAAAUGCCCCUCCUGGCCCUCCUCCAUUGUGUUCAAUAUGUCAGCAUAAGGCACCUGUUUUUGGAAAACCCCCAAGAUGGUUUACCUAUGCUGAGUUGGAGCUUGCAACUGGUGGAUUUUCACAAGCUAAUUUCUUGGCUGAGGGUGGGUUUGGAUCUGUUCAUAGAGGAGUACUCCCAGAUGGCCAGGCAAUUGCAGUCAAGCAACACAAAUUGGCAAGUUCUCAGGGAGAUCUUGAGUUCUGCUCAGAAGUGGAAGUCCUCAGCUGUGCUCAGCACAGGAAUGUCGUUAUGCUUAUUGGGUUCUGCAUUGAGGAUAGAAGGCGGCUGCUGGUUUAUGAGUACAUAUGCAAUGGAUCCCUAGAUUCUCAUCUAUAUGGGCGUCACCGGGAACCUUUAGAAUGGUCUGCACGGCAAAAGAUUGCUGUAGGAGCUGCUAGAGGUCUGAGAUAUCUUCAUGAAGAAUGCAGAGUUGGCUGCAUUGUGCACCGUGACAUGCGGCCGAACAACAUUCUCAUCACCCAUGAUUUUGAACCUUUGGUUGGUGAUUUUGGCCUUGCAAGAUGGCAGCCUGAUGGUGAUACUGGAGUGGAAACAAGAGUAAUCGGAACAUUUGGGUAUUUGGCACCGGAAUAUGCUCAAAGUGGCCAAAUCACAGAAAAAGCUGAUGUUUAUUCCUUUGGAGUGGUGUUAAUUGAACUUGUUACUGGACGAAAAGCUGUGGACCUUAAUAGGCCAAAGGGCCAGCAAUGUCUAACCGAAUGGGCACGCCCACUUUUGGAAGAAUAUGCUAUAGAUGAAUUGGUUGACCCAAGAUUGGGUGAUUGCUAUUCAGAACAUGAGGUCUAUUGCAUGCUUCAUGCAGCAUCUUCAUGCAUAAGGAGGGAUCCUCAUUCUAGGCCUCGCAUGUCACAGGUGCUGCGCAUAUUGGAAGGCGACAUGCUCAUGGACACAAAUUACACAUCACCAGGAUAUGAUGUAGGGAACCGCAGUGGGCGGAUAUGGGCAGAGCAAAAACAGCAUUACAGUGGACCUCUGGUAAAUGAGGCAUCGGAAGGGUUCAGUGGUAAGCUCUCCCUGGAAGGGCUAAGGCCAGGAACCAGGAGGAAGUCCUGUGAAGAAGAUUUGUAAGAAGCUCAGCUUUCGAGUUUAUUUUUACACGCAUGGUACGCUGAAAAUAUUUGUGGCCUUUUUUGUUAUAUUUUCAUUUGUUCCAAUGCCAUCUUCAUUUUGCUUUUGUAUAGUAGUAGUAUUGGAAGCAAGGGUAAUAGGGUUUUUGUAAUUCUUUUUGGAAAUGGCGAUGGUUGGUGAAUAUGCCUUCUAAUUAAAUCAAUGAAGCAGCUCGAGGAAUAUCAUAUGGUUCUCUCUUUCUCUC